AUGUCGACUCCAGGAGGUCCUCCCACUGAUGCCGAGAUGCGCGAUGCUGAGCAGCGCACGCCUCUCGCACCAGCAUCUAUCUCGGAUCGUAGCGUGGCAGGUGCCUCGUCGCCGCUCGCUUUCCCUUCCAGCAGCCCCCUCAAGAGUCAAGCCUCCAGCGUGAGGCAACCUCAGAGCUCGCUUGGUGCUUCCUCGACACUCCACUUCCCUACCUCAUCACCAUCGGCAAGAAGGUCAAGAGGCCAACGCACACCUCUUGCCUCUUCUCGACGCAACCAGAACUCAGAGAACCGUCUUCCCUCCAGCAGCAGUGGCAUUAGCCGACUUGAUGAGCCUCUCUUUUUCCCGAGCUCCGGUGGUACCACACCACGACACCAGCGUCGUGGUGAAAUCCACUCCUCCCUCGCUCUCUCUUCGCCAUCGUUGCUGAGGAGGACCCGUGUCAACAAUGCUGUCAACGGCUCCAGUCAGGUCCAAGGCGCACCCGCUCGUGCUUCUUCUGUCUUUGAUGGCAGUCAGCCCACCAACGACGGUCACAGUGAUGCUCUCAGCUUCUCUCAACACAACCCCACCAGCGACGUCGCUGCGCCCGGUCAGCAUGGCGUCUCCAAGGUCAUUUGGGGCACCAAUGUCUCCAUCGGUGAGACCAUGGAAAUCUUCCGAUCCUUCCUCCGUGGCUUCCGUCUCAAGUACCGAUGGGCUCACGCCAAGAAACUCGGCGAGCCUCUUCCGCCCGCCGCCACGGGCAACCCUGCCGAGGGCGAACGUCUCGUCUACCAAGGCUACCUCCGUCGUAUGCGCAUCACCGACCAGACCAACCUCAACCUCCGCAUCUCUGACCUCGAAGCCUACCCACCUUCCAAGAGGCUCAAGAUGCAGCUCAUCCGCUACCCGCAAGAAAUGGUCCCCAUCAUGGAUCAAGUGCUCAAGGACGAGAUGCUCGAGAUGGCCUACGAAGAUCAGAAGGAGGGUCGCCAAGGUAUGGGCGGUGACAUGGGCUUAGCCGAGAUCGAGCUCAUGGAGACCAAGCUCUACAAGGUUCGACCUUACGGUGCUGAAGCUAUCAACAUGCGCGAUCUCAAUCCUGCCGACAUUGACAAACUCGUCACCGUUCGCGGAUUGGUCAUUCGUGCUACACCCAUCAUUCCUGAGAUGAAGCAGGCUUUCUUCCGUUGCCUUGUCUGCAACCACACUGUCCCCGUCGAGAUUGACCGAGGUCGCAUUGCCGAGCCCGACCGAUGUCCUCGACAGGUGUGCAACUUGCAAGGAUCCAUGUCGUUGAUUCACAACCGAUGUGAGUUCUCGGAUCGUCAGGUCGUGCGUAUCCAGGAAACGCCUGAUGUGGUACCUGAUGGUCAGACACCUCAUACGGUCAGCAUGUGUGCUUAUGACGAGCUGGUGGACGUCAGCAAGCCAGGUGACCGUGUCGAGAUCACCGGUAUCUUCCGCAGCACUCCUGUUCGUGUCAACCCACGACAGCGUAGUCUCAAGAGUCUAUAUAAGACCUUUGUGGACAUUUUACACAUCAAGCGCACCAACGGCAAGAGGCUCGGUGUUGAUCUCUCCACACGAGAUGCUUCAGAGCAGGCUGCUGGACCUGGCGCCCAAGCUGUCGGUGUUGGAGGUGAAGAGGAUGACGAGGACAUCGAUGUGCAGAGCUCCUUUGCUGUACAUGACGAUGCCGACAUGCCUCGCAGCCAAGACCUCGAAGACAAGCUUCGCUCGAUUGCCGAUCGCCCUGAUCUCUACGAGUUGCUCGCUCGCAGUUUGGCGCCCAGUAUUUACGAGAUGGACGACGUCAAGAAGGGUAUCUUGUUGCAGCUCUUCGGAGGAACAAACAAGACGAUCAGCACUGGAGGUGGCGGCGGUGGACCUCGCUACCGCGGUGACAUCAACGUCCUCAUGGUUGGUGACCCUGGUAUUGCCAAGUCUCAGAUCUUGCAGUACGUCCACAAGAUUGCACCACGAGGUGUCUACGCUUCGGGUAAAGGUUCUUCGGCUGUCGGUCUCACUGCAUACGUGACGCGCGAUCCUGACACCAAGCAGCUCGUUCUCGAGUCUGGUGCGCUUGUUCUCUCUGACGGAGGUGUAUGCUGUAUCGACGAGUUCGACAAGAUGUCAGAAGCAACACGCAGUGUCUUGCACGAAGUGAUGGAGCAGCAGACGCUCUCUAUCGCCAAGGCGGGUAUCAUCACCACCCUCAACGCUCGUGCUUCGAUCCUGGCUGCUGCCAACCCUACCGGCUCGCGCUACAAUGUCAACCUGCCCAUCACCAAAAACAUUGACUUGCCACCCACCCUCAUCAGUCGAUUCGAUCUUGUUUACCUCGUGCUCGACAAGAUCGAUGAGGCGAACGACCGCCGUCUUGCUCGCCACCUUGUCAGCCUUUACCUCGAGGACAAGCCCGACACUGGCGGAAAAGACAUCCUGCCCAUCGAGACACUCACUGCCUACAUCUCGUACGCUCGCAAUCGCAUCUCGCCCAUCCUCACCAAGGAGGCGGGUGACGCCCUCGCCGCCCGCUAUGUCGAGCUCCGCAAAGUCGGUGAAGACCCUCGCAGCGCCGAACGACGUAUCACAGCUACCACUCGUCAGCUCGAAUCGAUGAUCCGUCUGUCCGAAGCCCAUGCCCGCAUGCGCUUCGCCGACCAAGUUAUUGUUGCCGAUGUCGAGGAGGCAGCACGUCUUAUUCGUGAAGCUGCCAAGUCUUCCGCCACUGACCCGCGCACUGGUUUGAUCGAUUUGGAUCUGAUCAACACCGGUCGAUCCUACCACCAGCGCAAACUGGCUGGUGAUCUUCGACGAGAGUUCUUGCAGCUGCUCGAUGAGAUGGGAAGUGCCUCCGGUAGGGCUACUUCUCCUUCGGGUCCGUCUUCGACUGCUCCCACCAAGGCGGUGCGAUACGUUGACAUUGCCAAGGCAAUCAAUGACCAGUCCUCGGUGCCUGUCGACCCAACUGAUCUGUACGAGUUGGUGCGAACGCUCGAGAGCGAGGGUGUCGUAAAGACAGCGGGUGAGCGCGAACGCAAGACUGUGCGUCGUAUCAGCUCGUAG